AUGAGUAGAUCUCAGUCUAACAUUUCAGAACACACAUCUACUGAAAACAAGCACUCAACUUUUUAUGAUGAUGGUGCAACAAGCAAGGCUGGAGAGACACAUAGCAUUGUUGCAUCAAUCUCCAAAAAUAUACUGCAUAAGACAUCAAUUUCGGGCUACGACGAUGUCUUAGAACUGGAUGUAGUCCAGAGACUGUCACUAAACCAAUUAUCACCAGAGGGUGUAAUUGAAUGGUCAAAGGUUAACGACAAUGAAUGCUUUAUGAUAGCAAGAGAAUCUGCCCAAUUCCAACAACCCACCCAUGGCAAGUCCCUCUUUGCUACGGACACUAUUGAGAAUAUCAUGAAAGUAUUUGGCCUAAACUCGCUUGAUACUGGCUUAACAGAUGAACAAGUGGAGCAAAACAGACUCAAGUAUGGCGAAAAUGCUAUAAACGUGGGAAAAUCAGAAUCAAUUAUCAAGAUAUUCAUAUCACAAUAUACCAACUUUGUUAUAGCACUACUAAUAGCAGCUGCAAUAGUGUCACUUGCCUUGGGAAAUAUUGUUGAGGGAAUAUCAAUAUUAACCAUAAUCACCAUAAAUGCCACUGUAGCCACAUAUAUGGAAAAGUCCGCCAGCAAUGUACUGGCGAAACUGGCCAGCAUGGCCUCGCCCGUUUGCAAAGUGUUAAGGAAUGGAGAGGUUACUAUUAUAGACUCAAAGGACGUGGUUGUCGGAGAUGUUGUAUUUCUAGCAACUGGCGACUGUGUGGCAGCAGAUAUGAGGCUCACAGAAGUAGUGGAAUUGCAUAUUAACGAGGCAUUGCUUACAGGUGAGAGUGAAGAUGUAAAGAAAACGCUGCUACCAUCUGACCCGGAUUCUCCAUUUUCUUCCAACCUCGUAUUUUCAAGCACCAGCGUAACAAACGGAAUGGGCAAGGCCAUUGUAACACAUGUUGGUAUGGAUACUCAGGUUGGGAAAAUUGCACACCAACUAAAGAAAGCAUCGCAAAAAUCCAAAAUGACCCCUCUUCAAAGGGGAUUGAACAAGCUUGGUGGACUUAUUGGCAUAAUCUCUGUGAUAAUAUUGGUGGUAAUUGUGCUUGUGGCCCUGAUUUUCAACUACUCCGACCCUACUAAACCUAACGACAAUCGUAUCCUAACAAUAUUGUUACUAGCAGUUGGAUUCGCGGUAUCUUCUAUACCCGAAGGAUUACCCAUGAUCGUGACUAUUUCAUUGUCAUUGGGAGCUAACGAUAUGGCGGCAUGCAAUGCCAAUAUACGAAAGCUUCCAGCGGUGGAGACUCUGGGUUGCUGCUCAGCAAUUUGUUCUGACAAGACUGGAACUUUGACCCAGGGCAAAAUGACCGUUGUAUCAUUGAUAACCUUUGUCACUGAUUCUUUGAGCUCUAAAAGCCCAGUAGCUAGACACUUCAAAUUUUUUCCUACGCUAGGGUUUGAUCCCCGCGGAGGAAUUUUUCCCGAACAGUAUUUGACCCCCGCCACUACCAAGGAGCUGUUGGAGGCAGCAGAGGGGGGUGAUAAUUUGAGGGCACACGAGCAAAAUCUUGGCUCCCCAUCAUAUGCUGGGCCGGAUAUCAUUGACUCUAAAAGGGUGCGAUUGGCCAUGUUGGCAUCUUACUUAAAUUCAUACGGUUCAACGUUAUCACAUGAAGAUGGGAAAUAUAAGGUGGUUGGCAAUAUGUCUGAAGGGGCCUUAGUUGUUGGCGCAGCUAAGGCCGGAUUUGGGGCCCUGGAAGACGGAAUAUACGCACACGACAUAUACCCUAGACUAUCACGACUCGAAAUUCCCUUUUCAUCAUCGCGCAAGAUGAUGAUAACCGUGCACGCCAUAAAGGGUUCAUUUGGAGAUCUUGGACUGAGUGGAUUCAGUGGCAUUGCCCUAAUAAAAGGAGCUCCUGAUCGCUUGUUCAGUUACUGCAACCAGGUUAUCAGUGUGGAUGGAAAAGGGAAGCUUUGCCACAUGGGCGUGGAUGAUAACCUUGCUAAAAUUAUGUCGGAUGCCAAUUCCUUGUUGUCCAAGAAUGCUUAUAGGGUGCUAUUGCUUGCCAUCUGCCCGCUAAUUGCUGAAGACCUUGAAAACUUGGAAAGGUUGGAGUCGUCGGAUAGACAGGAAUAUAUCCUCGGCAAGAAGCUAAUUGUUUUGGGUCUGACUGGAUCAGUUGAUCCUCCCAGAUCCGGAGUAAAAGAGGCCAUUGUUUCAUGUUCCCAGGCUGGGGUGAGAGUACUGAUGAUUACGGGGGAUCAGAAGGACACAGCCACGGCCAUAGCCAAGCAAAUUGGCAUUAUAGCUGAGACGGAGGAUAGUUUGAGUCGUGAGUGUCGUGAAUUGCACAUUGGCGGAGAUCACAGUAUGCCAUACCUGGAGGAUGCGGAGAUCGACGAGAUUACUUCAAAGUCCAACGUAUUUUCACGUGCCCAACCCGAGGAUAAAGUGGUCAUAGUUAACUCGUUGAAGAGACAAGGUUACUUGACGGCAAUGACUGGGGAUGGGGUCAACGACGCUCCUGCGCUGAAACAGGCGGACAUUGGCGUGGCAAUGGGAAUAAACGGCACGGAGGUGGCGAAAUCAUCAGCCGAAAUGGUGCUUCUUGAUGAUAAUUUCUGCACAAUCGUUAGUGCAAUAAAGUGCGGCAGGAUUAUCUACUCUAACAUACAAAAGUUUGUAUCAUUUCUAUUAGGCACCAAUAUUGGCGAGAUACUAUACCUAACAAUAGCUGUUAUUAUUAGCACGUUGCCGCCAGUGGAGGCCCUGCAAAUAUUGUUCUUGAAUUUGAUGACUGAUGGAUGCCCGGCAGUAGCGUUAUCGCGGGAACCUGCUGAUGAAAACAUAAUGAAGAUUCCGCCCAGGCCAAAAUCUCAGCCUUUAAUGACCAAAGAUUGGUGGAUUUAUGGCAACCUGCCGCAUACAAUCUUUGAGGCAGCGGCAGUUGUCGGUACAAUUGUGUUGGGCUUGUACGUAUGCACUGGGGUAUACACGAUUGGAGACUUACAUUCGCAGUGCAAGUAUGUGACAUUUAAGCAUGAUAAUGUGGAGACAAAGUACAUGUAUUAUUGUCAAAGCUACGAAUUGAGAUUUACUUCAAGCUACAAGGGUUGGGUUACAAAUAUAAACUAUUGGGACCCAGUGGAUAAAAAAAUGCAUACUUUUCUCGGAGCGGCUAUGGGAAGAGUGUAUAACCUAAGGCCGGAUUCUGCUGAGAUUCACCAGGAAAUAAAGAAUUCAUUUAUAGCUUCAAAAUUGGUCGUUAUUGACGGCGUUGAGAAUGAUGAAAUGGGCUGGUACCGGCCUGGUAAGUCGCAGGUUGUUCCCAAGGGCAAAAAUGGUUACUACCAACCCAUUGGAGCUGCGGCUACAGAUUUUAUCAACAUAACUGCUAGGCAGGCCAAAAGGGCCAGGACCAUGAGUUUCGUAGCCGGGGUCUGGUGUGAAAUGCUCAGGGCCUAUACUGUACGUUCCUGGGAAUACUUUUACAAGGUGUUCAAUCGCAAUCCUUGGAUGCAUUUGGCGUGUUCUAUCUCCGCCACAAUGACUUUCGCAGCAACAGCUGUUCCUGGACUGUCAGACAUCCUCCACUGCCUGCCGCUUUCCUGGUGGCAAUACUUGAUUGCAAUAAUCUUCGCCGCCCUCACCAUGUUGUUAGAUGAGAUAAUACCCAAAUAUCUCUACCAUUCGAAGCUUUCUAAGCAGGCUGCCCUGCAAUAA